AUGGAUCAGACUCAUCAAUCAUUCACCUGGGCAGAAUUGGCUCCGGGUGUAUGGCAACGGGACAUUGACGAGAUUGAAACAUUCUGGGCGCAGGCAGCCAGGGCUUAUGACAACCAAGGGCGACAACCCUUCGUAAUAGUAGGCCAUUUGUCGCUCAAGAUCGACACCAGUGCUGCACUGCUACGAUCACACAUCAGCUCUGCCCUAAGAAAAGCUUGGCGUCGCAUCCGCCAUGACCACCCAUCAAUUGCGAGUCAAGUUGAAUACGAUUUUCAUACCGAGAGGUUCACACGGACCUAUCAAACAGCCCGAGAUGAGCUUGAGAAAGAAUCGUGGUUAAACGCCACGUUUAUUGAAAUGGAAGACGGUCAAUCCGGCGUUGAAUAUGCCAAUUCAGACCUACCUGCACCAGACAUGCCGACUAUGGUAAUUCUUACACCGCAUUCAGAUGAUGGAGUCUUUGAGUAUCGUGAUAUUAUCUUCCGUGCUCCACACGACACUAUCGAUGGCAUCGGAACGUUAUUACUGCUGAAUAACUUCUUGAGGCAUGCUUCGGAUGCAUUAGAACAGGGAAAUGAUUAUGUGCUUCCUAGCCUUAACGGCACCGAAGUUCAAAAUCUUAGCCCUCCCUACCGGGUUGCAGCUGCGGUUCCUUAA